AUGAUCGGAGAGGGCCGCGACGAGGCCGCCCGCCUUUACGUGCCUCCGCUCCUCGAGAACGAGGAGCACUACGCUAAUCCCGACACUUCCGAGGAUCUUCCACCACCCGAUGUUGAAGCUGGUAGCCCGCUGCCUAUCUGGCUGCAGGAGUCUUCCAAGUCCUUUCGCUGGGGUUGGGUGCCCUUGCCGCUCCGAAAAGCUGGUCGCGCGACUGCGAACUGGGUCAAGGGUCCCGAUCCACCGCAUAUGCUGCUCCUGAAACCGCUGUUCCCGCGCAUCCAGGAAUUACCCGUCCAAUACCUUGACCACUUCUUCCCUAAGCGCAAGCAGAAAGGCCUGCUCCUUGGUGUGCUAUACCUAUCGUGGUUUUUACCGUGCUUUUUGGUCCUUCUUCACUCUCGUUCGGCUGGCUACAUCGAAGGGUACGGACAGCUGCAGACCCUCUCAUGCGCUACGAACUUGUGGGAAUUUGAUAAUGGGUGUGGUCUAAACGGAAAUGACUGUCGUCCAUUCUCCUCAUCCACCAUUGCGUUCCGAUGUCCCGCCAAUUGCCGCGAUGCGAAACUGUUGGAGCCUCAUAUCGUCGGGAAUCAAUCCUUCAAUUACCAAGGACUCGUGAUCGGUGGACCACAACCCCGAUCUGAAGAUCCUGCAAUUUAUCGCGCUGACAGUUUUGUCUGUCAAGCUGCGAUCCAUGCUGGUGCCAUUUCCAAUGAUGGUGGCUGUGGUGUUGCUAAGUUGGAGGGUGCAGCGCACUCCUUCCCUUCGGUGAAACAGCAUGGGAUACUCUCUGUCGCGUUCCCAUCUACUUUCCCCAAGUCAUUCAGUUUCCUCCACCCGUCUUCCUCGCAAGCCAACUGUCCGUCAGAUCCCCGCUGGCCGCUUCUCGGAGUAACGGCUGCUGCCAUUGGAGUUCUCUGGCUGUUUUGUACUUCUCCGCCAAUCCUCUUCUUCAGUACAUUCUUUAUGGUGUUUAGCCAUACUGGAUUGGUUGGGGACCCUCCGUCCUAUCCUUAUCUGACGGACCUCGUUUCAAGCCUGUUGUCCAGGCUUUUGCCUGCCUCGUUUGUUGUAUAUGUGCUGUACAAAUUCUGCGCGGCGCCUCUCCUGCGACCAAUCUCUUCGCCCAUCUAUCAGCUCUCGAAGCUCCUUCUAUACCUGCCGCCUCUUUUCAUCGGUGCUCUCAACAAUUAUACUUUCGCGCGCUUGAUUCCCCUGCAACGCUUGACACCAAUGGACAUCCAACAACAGCCCGGGGCCAAGCUUGCCCUUGCAAUCGUGAUCCCAACCGUUAUCACGAUCAUCUUGACUCAAGCAUGGCAGAUCCGCCAGGGUGGACUAUUGCCUCGCUAUCUCAAGAUUUACUGCACAAUGGGUCUGAUCAUCCUUAUUCUUCUACCGCUUCCCGGUCUUCGGCUCCGAAUCCACCAUUAUAUCCUUGCCAUCCUUCUGAUGCCCGGCACUGCUUUCCCUACACGCCCUUCGUUGAUCUACCAGGGACUGUUGCUUGGGCUUUUCAUCAAUGGUGUUGCUAGGUGGGGCUUUGCGUCUAUUAUUGAGACCCCAGCUGCCCUUGGAGAGCUUGCUCCGGGACGUAGCGGGUCGAACGGAUGGUGGGGAUCUACAUACCCCAAUAUUACAAGUGCAUCCGUCGAGAUCUCUUUGCCUGACCCCGGGGCCGACGAACCUCAUUAUGGCAACGGCAACAUCACCUUUGCCCUGUGGGAACACGAGCGGAUGGCGAAACUCGCCGUGGAUGGAAUUUCGGUGUUGCUCAAUGAUGUAGAGCGCUGGCGUGGGUAUCUUGACGAGGACAAAGGCGGAGAGUUUACCUGGCACCGCCAUGGCCAUGACGGUUUGGAACUUUUAGAGAUGCCCGUGCUCAAUCGCCGUGAUACCGAGACUCCCGAUUUCAAGACACAAUCCGUUCUUCUUGUGGACAGCGACCCGAAGGACAAACCCGAAGACCUCUUCUUCCGGUUUGCUUUCCUACGAGGCGCCGAGGCAGGUGCGUACGGACCUGCUGGUGUCUGGAGAAGCGACGGAGUUUGGAUGUCCCCGACUUCUCCAAAGCAAUGA